AUGGAAUUAUUGAAUAAAAUUUUUAUUAAAAAAAUGAUCAAUAACUUUUAUGAACAGAAUUUAAAAAUCAAUGACCAUAAAGGCAAGGAAAUUGAUUUAAAAGGAUUUAAGGGGACUGAAUUACUUAUUGUUAAUAUAGCAAGUAAAUGUAAGUUGGCAAAUAAUGCUUACAGAAAGAUUAAGAAUUAUAAAUCAAAAGGUGUUAACAUUUUAAUGUGUCCAUGUUCACAAUUCUUUAAUCAAGAACAUAAGAAUGUUCAAGACACCCUUGAUGACUUAAAGAAAAGAGAUUUAGAAGUUGACAAUAAACAAGUUUUUAUAACUGAACCAGUUUCAGUUAAAGGAAACAAGAUUCACCCAAUUUUUAAGUUUCUAAUUAAGGAAAAGAAUAGUUUAUUUUUCAAGAAUGUUCAUUGGAAUUUCACUUUGUUUUUAAUUGAUAAAGAAGGGAUUGUCACAGAAAGAAUAAAUCCAAUUGGUCACUUGUUUAAAUAA